UCUCUCUGUCCCCGCCCUCCGUCAGCUGUCAGUCGGCCGCCUGCAGACACUUCGCCCCGCCGCCUCCAUGGUUCCCUCCGCGGUCCUGUAGCUUCCUCCGACAUGGGGGACAACGACGACAUCAUCGAGCACCACGUCGAGGAGGAGAUGGAGAAGAAAAGCGGCCGCAGCCACGCAGCGUCCUCCUCCUUCCUGCUGGAGUCCGUCGGUCCGUCCGACCGGGAGGCCCAUAGCGGCACCCAGUCCUCCCACAGACUGCUGGCCUACAGCGACGCCCUCAUCUCCAUCAUCGCCACCGUCAUGAUUUUACCCGUCGCUCACACCAAAGUGGAGGAUAACGAGGAGUUGAGGCAAAGCGUUCAGCUUCUGCUCACUACAAAGAUCGCUGUUUACUUGAUGACAUUCCUCAUUGUGAGUGUUGCUUGGGCCGCUCAUAUCAGAUUAUUUCAGGUGAUUGUGCGUAUCGAUGACUGUCUCGCUCUGCUGAACCUCGCCUGCAUGAUGCUGAUAACCUUCCUGCCGUACACGUUUUCUUUAAUGGCGACCUUCACUGAGAACGUCCUCGGGAUUUUACUGUUUUGUGGUUGUGUGAUGGUGAUCGGCGUCAUUCAGUCGCUGAUCGUGUUGUACGCCUUCAGUCGGCCCUUCCUGCUCAACGAACAGAUCCAGAUCUCAGAGAAUCAGAACUACUACAAACACCACAUCCUCCAAGUCAUCAUGAGGGUUCCCAUCAUGUGCUUCUUCGCCAGCAUCUUCUCCUUCAUCUUCUUCCAGCUGUCCUAUGUUCUCUUGGCCAUCAUCAUCUUCCUGCCCUACAUCUCGCAGUGUUUGAAGUGGUGUCGCAGCAAAGCCAUCGGUCAAGUGGAGGAUACUCCAGACUCCAUGUUGUUUUACACGUACCUGCCCAACGAACCCCUCAGCAAAGACCGGGUGGAGGCUUUCAGUGAUGGAGUUUACGCCAUCGUAGCGACGCUCCUCAUCCUGGACAUAUGCGAGGACAACGUUCCCGACCCGACAGUCGUCCAGAAGCAGUUCGGCGGCAGCCUGAUCGCGGCCCUGCAGGUCUACGGCCCGGAGUAUCUCGCCUACUUCGGCUCGUUCGCCACCGUCGGCCUCCUCUGGUUCGUCCAUCACUCGCUCUUCCUCCACGUCACCAAGACGACGCGCUUCAUGGGCCUCCUCAACACCUUCUCGCUGGCGUUCGUCGGAGGCUUGCCGCUAGCCUACCAGCUAACGCACGAGUUCCCGCGCAACUCCCGCAACGAGCUGGAGGCCAUCCAGAUCAGCUGCGUGAUCGUUUUCUUCGCGGGAAUAUUUCAACUGGCCAUCUGGGUGGUGGCGCUUUACAACCAGCAGGAGACGCUGCAUCCUUACGUACGGUAUGGCGGACGCGAGCACGAGUUCAUGCUGGCUAAGCUAGCCCUGUACCCGUGCGUAGCUUUGGGGACGUUCUUCCUCACGUGCAUUUUGAGUAAAUUUAGCGCUCCAAUUUUCCACCUGAUGGAAAUCACGGUGCCUUUUGCUUUUCUGGUGUUGAGGAUCUUAGUGCGCAUCGGACUCGCGUUGCUGAGGCUGAUUUUCUGCCCUGACAGGCCCGAUCCGAGGACGGUCGUAGAGGAGGAAGGUGACGAAACAAGAGUGCCAUUUAAUGCUCUAGUUACUUAGCUAGCUUAAUGGGAAGUCGCCACAGAAAAUGAAGAUGAAGUGACAGAUAAGAGUUACUGCUUAGGUUUUACCUCUCAUCAGGAGAACGUUGGGGUUGAAAUCGGGAACAAAAUCGGAGGCGGUUUGUUGUUUAGUUCAACGUCUCGAGUGGGAACUGGUGCAAACGGGAUUAGAUGUGACCGUCCAUGUCGAAGGAGAAGUCUAGAUCCUGUAAAAGUGAAGAAAGCUGUAGUGAUACUGAAAGCUAAAGUCUACUGAUUCAUUCUGUUUUCUAAACAGUAACAUGAAGACCAAGCUAAUACUAGUUUGAUCACUUUUUGCCGGCUUUCACUGAGAUCAGCCUCUCAACACUCUUUUUGUGCAAAGUACAGUCCAUCCAGCUGCCGUGGGUUUAAUCCAGCCUUUAUUCUUUAAAUUUUUUUUUUAAACCUUCUAAUUACAUUCGGACACAUUUAGCUGCAGAAAGUUCUGCAUAAUUGCCGACGAUGGGAUAACCCUAACCCUCAAGCACAAACAGGCAAGGGUUUAAGUCUGGGCACUUUAAACUUUGUACUGGUAAGAAAGGGCCAUAAACUUUGAAACUGCACUAUUUGAAAGUGUUUUGAGUUAGAUAUGUGUGUGUGAUAGCUACAGGAAUGUACUCAUCUCAGUGUCGCAUCAUAUUUAAAUACUAAAGGAAGACUGUCAAUCCCUCCUGAAACUGUACAUGCUAACUUAGUAAAGGAUUGUGAGAGGCUGUUUCACAUUUUGUUUCCAAAAUACUGACGUCAGGCUUUCUUGAAAAUUCAGGAUCUGCAGUUAUAAAACACAAGAAGAAGUCCUGAUUAAGUGGAGAAGUUUGUGGAAAGAAAAACAUGUUGUAGUAUGUUUCUCCAGAAGGGGUCGCUGUUGUUUCUGUUAAAUAAUCUUGAGGCACAUGCAUCUUUUUAAUGUAGGGAUGCACGACAUUGGAUUUUUGCCUAUAUUUGAUAUACUAAUAAAUAUUUAUAGAUAACAUCAGGUCUCUCCUGUAGUGGAUUUAACUAAAUAUUAUGCUUGUGAGUCAAUCCAGGAUUGGAGGACAUUUGUUUGAAAAAUAAACCUUCUCUUUUACAGUUUUCUGCUCCAUAUUCAUCAAUAGUAAGUAAUAACCUAUCAAAGGCUUGAUUGGCUCAGCUUCCAUAUCAGUGGUACCAUUUUUAUUCCAUGUUUUCUGUGUUGUUUGCUAACCCUACUCUAAUCACAGUAACAGGGAUGCUAAUCCAUGCUAAUGUGAUCUUUUUCUCAGCAGUAGAAGCUAGAUAUUUAGCUGCUGUUACUGCUGACCAAGAGGACAAACUGACUGAUGGAAAACAGUCAAAAGAAUUAGUCUGAUCCUGAUAAUAUGAGCUGGAGUGAGACGUUCAGUCAAGGCUGACAAUGUUUUCUUCUUCUACCAGCUAACAAGGUUAUCCUAACAUGUUGUGGGACACAUGCAUGAUAAUUAUUAUAUAAAGUGUUAUGCUGAUUAAAAAAAAGUUCCCACAAUUACAAGAGACAUCAAUGAAAAACAUAAUACCAAAGAAAUGAGAUUUAAAUUUCAUUUUAACUGUUCCAUUUGAGAUUCAGUUUGGUCAUCGGGGGGACAAGAGAAAAAUGGCAUUUUAGGAGGAACUCCAGACUUAUUUGGUAGAUUUGGUCUCAGGGCAAGUACAUUUCCACAACAACUGCAUGUUUUAGUAUUUUGUACAUGGAUUAUUUGAAAUUUGAUGUAAAAUGUCCUCUAAUUCUGGAAUGACCUUUAUUCCUACAGUGUGGACCCACUAGCAGAUACUUUUCAAACUUCAAAAUGUGCAAAAAACAGUAUAAACAGUGCAACUUACCUGCAAAAUGAUUCAUAUUUAAUUUAUGUAACGUGCAAAUUUUUAUCUACUUAUGCCAAUAUUACAUUUUAAAGCCAGUAUAAUCGUGCAGCCUUACUUUAAUCAUGAUGUAAACAUAUUUGCAUUUAAAUACUGACAUAAAUAUGACAUGCACUUUAUUGAAAACCUGCCCGAGGAUUAUACUGACAAGGAUGAAUUAAUUGUUAUAUUUUUUAAGAUUAGGAGCAAAAAAAAUACUCAGCUGGCGCUGAAUGUGGGCAUUUUGACUCUUUGUUUUGUCAUUUUACUUUUAAACUGCAUAAAAUCUGGUUUAUUUUGUGUAUUUUAUAAUCUGUUGUGAUCUGUUCUCAUGUUUAAUAGAUGAGGAAAGAAUCAGAAGAAUGAAUGCCAUGAAUUUGUUUACUCACCAAAUGUUCUUAGACAUUAUGACCCAAAAUGAGCAACUAUAUUUAUAUAUUACACAUCAGAAAACACCAUUUUUACGGUUUCUUUGUGAGCAAAUAUUCCUUCGUGUGUCGUCUUCAUUCCUUCAACAUGUUUAUCGAGGAAAGAGGAGUCGGUGGUGAAUAUCUGAGGCGCUCUUAAUGCUUAAAUGUCUGAAAACAUCGGUGAAAAUGCUGCAUUUCCUCUUUCACGCUCUGCAAAACCUAUUUUUAAAAUGUCAAAAAUUGUCAAGCUUUGUUAUGUGAAUAAAUCUGCAGUUGGUCCUUUAAUGUCAAA